AUGAUGUCUCUAUUAAGCAAAUAUCAGGAAAUUCUCACAAAAAAAGGCGCUGAUAGUCCGGAAAGUUACACCACUCAAAAUUUAAAAAUACGCUUGCAAAAGCAUUUUUCCACUUCGAUUGUCUUCCAUCAGCCAGCCAACCGCAGUAAAUCUGAACUUGUCUAUGCAAGUACCGUUAACAUUCAAGAUGUUCUAAACGCAUGGGCAGUAUUUCAGAGCCCCGAAAACGGAAACGUAAGCGUCAACAACGGCAAUGAAACACCACAGUCAAGUGAAAUACGUCGUGUGGCAAGCUUAAUCAAACAAGAGAUAAAGAAAUGUACAGGUAUUAACACCAAACCACUAAAUACUCAAGACGACAGCAUGGAGACCGCCAGACAACUCAUCCCGGACUCUCUGUAUUUACUAAUCAAGCAGCUCGUGGUCUCAGAUAAGCGGGUUAGACCCUCUAAUCCGUUGAACCAGUCUACCGCAAUUGAAGACGAACGACAAAUCCUCAGUAUCGCACAAGAUAUCAUCCAUUGUAAUUCCAAGGGACGUGUUAAUCUUCCUAAGCACACCAGCUUAGCUAUAUGUGUUCAUCAUCUGACAACAUCUAAGCGGCUUAUCGAACUGCUAAACAGAAUGGGACAUUGCGUCUCCUACGAUGAGAUGCGUGCAGUGAAUACAAGUAUUGCAGAGGACGUUCUUGCCAAGGCUGAAGAGUUCGGUACUGUCAUACCAACUGUAAUAAAGGCUGGUUCGUUUGUACAGAUUGCCGCCGACAAUAAUGAUUUAAAUGAGGAGACUAUCGACGGGAAGAAUACUACGCAUGCAACCACCAUGGUUAUUUAUCAGAACAGAACCUUUGGUCCAGAUCCACCUCCCAGCCCAGUAGAACAGAGACCAAAGCGACGUUCAUUACAGGCAACGGGUACGGUGUACGACAUCGAACAGUGUCCAGUUCGAGGAAGACGUCCAGCUGUAACUGAUCACGUUGGCUCUGUUAACAUGAAGUGGUAUGAUGAUUUGAACAAUGAAACAGGCACCGCUCGAAAAGCUGAUUUCAUCUGGACUCUUCUUCGGCUCUGUCCCAAGAAAUUUGGAGAAGCUGUCGUUGCAGAUGUUUGGGAAAAGCAAUCAAUUCCAAGUUGGGCAGGAUUUAACGCCCUUCUCUAUCCUGAGAUGCCAGUAGUGAGCAAUAUUGGCCUACUGUCCAAUGAUCGAUGGAUCAUCUAAUGACUUUUCGACCAUAUACACAGUGCUGAAACAUGCACAGAAGAUAAGUGCCGCGAUGGGUCAAGCCGACGCCGUGGUAAUCUUUGACCUUGCCAUAUAUAGCAAGGCAAAGGAAAUACAGUGGAGAUUUCCUAACGAGUUCUCCAACGUAGUGGUACGCAUGGGCGGAUUUCAUAUUGUUCUGAACUUUCUUUCACUGUUAGGGAAGAAAUUCGCUGAUUCUGGACUGGAUGACCUCUUGAUUGAGUCAGGUGUAUACGCCGCUGGUUCGACGUCCGCUUUAAUGAAAGGGAAAUCUUACAACCGAGGAAUAAGGGCGCACAAGCUUUGUUUAGAAGUGUUCUUCCGUCUCAUGAGGGAUGCUUUUAUUCUCUGGUACGAGUCACGGGAUGAGAAGAUCCCAGAAGAACCCGUUUUGCACAAGAUUGUGGACUGCGUUCGAGCGGUGGAGAGCGACAAAGAGAGCGCACGAGAGAGCGUGAGAAAGAUAACAACAGAUCUGACGGAAAUUACGGAUCUAUUCGCCAUCUUUAAAUCAGAGAAUCAAGAAAGGUCCAACCUAUUUGCAUUUUGGGAUGAGUAUUGCUCUAUGGUCACUACCCUUUUACAGUUUCUAAAGGCAGAGAGAACCGGAAAUUGGAAGUUGCAUCUUUUCAGUACUGCAGCAAUGUUACCUCAAUUUUUUGCCAUGGACAGGCAGAACUAUGCUCGCUACCUACCUGUUUAUCUCGCCGAUAUGCAGAAACUGGAACUAACUCACCCGGAAGUCUAUAAGGAGUUUGCUGAGGGGAAUCAUUCCAUAAGUCGUUCAGGGCAGCCCUUUUCACAAGUGUCCACUGACAUGGCCCUGGAGCAGUGGAUCAAUGCUGACUCGAAAUCAAGCGGAGGAGUGAUCGGGAUAUCACAAAGUCCGUCGGCUCUUGAGCGCUGGUUUUUAACAAUACACGAGCGAGCAUCUAUUACAUGUGCUUUGAAAGCCAUGUUCGGCCUUCAAGAUGGGGAACAAGCAUCGCACAAGGAAGCAGCUCCAAGAAGAGUUCGACGAGACGAAGAAGAUGUCAAGAAGAUGAUCAGCUGUUUUUCUUCAGGCUUGAUGACAAAUCCUUUUAAUCUCGAUUCGGAUGCGCUUCUCAACAUUGCUACUGGAGUAGUUCUUCCGGAAGAUGUUGCCCAGACCCUUGUUCACAGUACCGAGAAAGGUCGGCAGCAAAUGAAGACCUUCGUCGAGCAGCGUAUUAGUAGCAAUGCCGUUGGUUUCUGGGAACCAAUACCCAACAUGAAGAUCAAGACGUUCAGCAGCGCAAAUAAGAAGAUCCACGUCAAAUCCAGCGACAAGCUUGUCACUGUUAACGCGGACAGGGACUUGUUUGGCAGGCUCCCUAUCGUAUCAAACACGCGACAGAUCUCUCUGAAAGAUGUGCUGAGCUUUGAAUUGUCUCCAGUACCAUAUUCACUCGCAAACGCAGAUGGGAGUCUAAGAAAAGGGACAAAGAGCGUCCUAUGCUCUCUUCUGUAG